CUGAUGUGGACUUCAAAUGAUAACUGUGAAAUGGAUGUAGAUCGCGCUGCGGUCAGUGGCUUGCAAGUUUCAAAAACAGCAUCUAGAUGGCUUCUCCCUAAAUACAGUCUCUGUCUAGUGUAAUGCUCGCGCAUUUGUGCUUACUCGAUUGGCAGAACUGCGAGGUAUCUGUCGUUUGAAAUCAAACGAACAUUGUGGAACUGUGUCCUGCUGCGUCCUUUAACAGGUCGGUGUGUCCAUGGACGGAUUUUUCAUUCAUCAUUUUACAGUAAUGCAUCACGAGCAUGGAGUUGUGGGAGAAGAUUAUCGUCGAGUGGAUUAAUUGUUUGAAGAUAGUAACAGAACCAGUGAGAAAUACAAGAGAGUUGCGAGAUGGAACGUUUUAUAUUAAUUUCUUGGAAUUGAUAAAAUGGACAAAGCACAAAGACGAUCCUAAUGGAGAAGAUGUUAUUAUCAGAUUUAUUGAAGAUGAAUAUCCCAGUUUUAAGGCCGACAAAGACGACAGUACAGAACAUAUAUACAUUGCAUCUUUAUUGUUGGUACAUCUGUGCCACACGCUCUCUGCGAAGCAUCAUUCGUUGCAGUUUAGUAUGUGCGAUAACAUGAAGCACGAAACCCAAAUUAAAGUUAAAGCUUUCCUCGAAAGCAUCUUGCCUCUUGGAAACGAUGUUACCAAGGAAACCAUUAGAGAAGUUAUCUUGGAAGUGGAGGAUACAUCAACCACUCCGAAGCACAGAGAAUUGACCACCGAGAACUGUCCACUUUCCGCUUCUCCCAUCACCCGCUCAGGACGUAGUAAGAAAAUUAUGACUGAACGAAUUCGGGAGCUUCGAGAUUUAAGGAGCAACUUGGCGGUGGAACGAUUUGCCAACGCAGACUUGCGAGAUGACCUAACGAGGCAGCAGAAUAAGGUACAGAAAUUGCAGAGCAAGCUCGACGAGCAAUCGGCACAGCUGAAGGCACUGCGUACAGAACGAAUGAAACCCAAAACUCCGCAGCCUGUGAGAGUUGACACCUCUCAAGAAAAUUAUUAUAAAAGGUAUAUCAGCGACCUGGAGGACCAGUUGAAUAAACAGCAGGACGAGACGACUCAGCUGGAGACAGAGAAGGAUGCUCUAUCGAAGAAACUGUCCUCUGUGCAGAGGACAUGUGCGCACUAUAAAGAAAAUUUCGCCAGUUCCGAACGUUCCACGGAAGCUUUACUGAGUAAGAUUGAAUCGAAGGAUAGAGAAUUGGUAGAACUUAGGAUUCUUAAUGAAGAGUUACGCGUGCACAUGAAGGAAUUGAAUAAGAAUUCUAAUGACGAACAAAGCUUCGAAGUUGAUGACUUAAUGACCCUUUCCGCCAUGAAAUCUUUAAACACCAGCGAAGCACUGAGUUCUGUGAUUGAGAUUCAACUCCAAGAGGCUAGAGAGGAAUCUGCUAUAUUGCAUGCUCAGGUUGAUUCGUUGAAAGGAAAACUGGAUGUCCUCACGAACGACCAUAAGGCUGCGCUGGAAGUAAAUAGAGAUCUGCAAGAGAGAGUGAAAAUCUUGGAUGAGGUUCAAGUGAAAUUAAGUGAUACGCAGAAGAACUUGGAUACCUUAAAUACGGACGUAACGAAUUUACAAGCGGAGAAGUUGUCCCUUGUCGCGCGGAAUCAGGAUUUGGAAGGUUCGUUAUCGUCCACGAAAGAAGAACUGUCCAAGACGAAGCAGGAGAGUACAAGAUUGAAUACAGAAAUAGAUAAGUUGAGUGAAGAUAUAAAAACUUUGAAUGAGUCGCUUCAAAGUGAAAAGGCUAAUUCCUCAAAUCUAAGUACUGUUGUAGCAGAAAUGAAGUCGCAGGUAAGGCACCACGUAGCACACAUUCACGAGCUUACUGGUGAAAGAGAUGCGUACAGAUCUUCCAUCGAAAAUUGCAGUAAAAAUUUCGAGCACAUUUUACGCCGUGACAAUCAAUUUAUCCAAAUUAGGACUGGAGAUUUCAACAAAUUGACACUUGAUAAUUUUGCAAAAUACUUUGAAACAACGUUAAAUAACUGCAAUACGAUGUGCGCUUCGUACAAACGUGAUGUCGCAAGUUUAGAAACGAAACUUGGAGAAACGAAAAGCAAUUUAAUCUCAUUCCAAUCAACUGCCGCCACUUUAGACGAAGAAAAUAAGCGCUACCGUACAAAAUUAGCUAAUAUUGAGGAAGACGUGAAACAAAAGGAUUUAUUAUUAAACGAACAGCAAGAGAUUAUCCACAAACAUUCGCAGGAGAUUGAAGAAAUCAGAACUGAGAAACGUGCCUUAGAACAGAAUGUUCAUGAACUGACGAACAACUUAAUCAAUCAAAGAUUAUUAUUGAAAUCCUUUAUAACGCAGUUGGAGAAUCUUCAGAACGUGAACAAAGAUUACGAGCUAAUGCGGAAAGAAAUUCGGCAAGCCAUAAUUGAAUAUCGAGAAAACAUUAAACUAGCAUUCGCAGAUGUUCAACAUGACCAUCAGACGCUGUGCUACAAUUUCCAAAAAAUGGAACGAGAAAAAGAAGAUUUAGAACACAAUUUCAAUUGCAGUAAGAAGGAACUGUCAGAUAUUCAAAUGAUGAACGCUGCGUUACAACAAGAUUUAUUGGAAAAUGGGAAAGUAAUAAACGCCUUGGAAGAAAAAGAAAAGAGUCUUCACGACGCAUUGAAUGAAUCUAAACGCUGUAUGCAAGAAGCAAAUCACAGACUAGAACAGCGGUAUGCGAUGAUGAGGACUGAAGCAAACGAGAAGUUAGAAAGCCUGAAGUCGGAAAAUGCUGAGAUCUCGCUCGAGUUGAAGGAUGCCGUUGACAGGUUCAAUUUAUUGCAACAAGAGUUGGAUGACGCACUGAUAGAAAUGAAUCUGAAAGAAGUACAAAUUAAGGAGUUACUUUCGGACGUUUCGUGUUUGAAGGCGGAAAAUGAGCAGCUGAUACAUUCACACGGAGAAGUGCUUAAAAUGAAGGAUGAAGAAAUAGCAUCGAAAGAGGAAACGUCACUGUUGUUACGGAGUAAAAUAGAAAAGCAGACAAAUGACAUGAACGCCACAGAGAAGAAGUUGAAAGAAAUUAUUGUCAAUCUUCAAGAAGUGAGAACCAGUCAAGACGCCGUUUUAGCGACUCAAGAGGCAGCUCUGAAGGAAAAGUGUAUACAUAUGGAUGAGCUUCACGAACAGUUUGACAGUGCUAAGCAAAUACUGAACGAGGAACUUGAAAAUACGAGAUUGUCAUUGCGCGAGUACCAAGAAAAAGUCUUUGCUCUAGAAAGUGAAGUUGAUAACAAAAACGAAGCCGUAAUAGAGAUAGCAGAAGAACUGAAGGAGCUAAAAGCAGAGUUUGCAAAAAAUAAAAAAUACUGCGAACUUAUGGAUGAAAAUCAAGCGAAAAUUGUAGAAUUUUGUCAAGAAUUGAAACAAUCGGCCAAAAGUUUAAAUUCUACGGUUGCAAAAGCGGGCUCGGAUUCUGACUUCUUCGAUCAAAAUUUAUAUGAUAUAUCACAGUAUGGCAGUAUCACGGACAAUGAAACUGCAAAUACUCUGAAUAUUAUUAAAAUGACUCAUGACGAGUUGCAGAAAUCACAGAGACUCAUUUUGCAUUUGUCUUGCGCAAAUACCGAAUUGAAUAAAACUUUGGCGGAGCAAAGAAUACUUAUAGAGAAUAGCGUAAAAGAUAAAAAAGAAGCUGGCAGUUUAAAAACUAAAGUACAAGAGUUAGAAAUAAUAGCACAGAAACGAAAUGAGUAUUUAAAAAAUCUCAUAAAAAAUAAGGAAUCCCUGCAGGAGCGUUUGCAAAGAGUUUUAGCCUCGCAACACGAUUUAGAUACAGUUGUAACGUUGUCGAAGCAAAAGUGGAAUGAAAUAUUAACGAAAUUUCAAAAUAUCUUUCAUUGCUUUGCUGAUAGUUCCGUUUGCGAUGAAUUCAAGCAAUUUCACGCCAAGAAAGCGGAUCUCGAAAACUUACUGUUUAAAUUUCAGACAGAUCAUUUGGAAAAUGUGAAAUCUACAUCCGGUAUCUUGUGGGAGAAGUUUUUGUGGACGGAGCAAAAAUUACAUGACACCUAUUUGUGUUCAGUGCAUGAGAAAGAAUGUCUGGAAAUACUGACAAGCGCGGAAGAAGAUAAGUUUUCUAAUGAAAAUAUGAUAAUUGACGCAGAGAUAGAAAAAUAUAAAGCGCUACGAAUUGAUGUAAUAAAAUCCGAAGAAGAAAUGGAGUCUUUGAUAUCUUUAUUGACCUCUUACGAGAACAGCAUAAAAUCUGGAGAAAUUAAGAAUUACGCGGACAUGGAAAAGAAUCUGCAAAACCAGAUCACUCAGUUGACGAAGGAAGGAAAAACGUUGAAGACUAAGAUGGACACGAUGCGCCUGAGGAAUGUAAAAUUGGAAAAGAACAUUGAUGAUCUGAGAACAGAGAUAAAAGAGCUCAAGUCAGCGGAAUUGACUUUAGCGUCGAGGGAAGCUGACUUGGAAGAACUGCAAUCUCUGAAGAACGAGUUGGAGUCUUUGACAGAAGUGAAUCAAAAUUUGCGAAAAGAACAGGAGGAAUCGAAUAGAACAGCAAAACAGGAAUUUGAUAGUCAACUGAAAGAGGUUCACGCCACGUACGAACGGAAACUGGAGGAUAUGAAACAAAAAAUGAAAACGGCCUAUAACGAGCAAAUGAUGAAAUUAAAUCACACUCAAGAGAAGAUAGUGCGGGAAAAGUUGCAGACGCAAAUGGAAGCGAUGUGCCAGAAGCAGCGAGAGGAACUUAACAGAUACAAAGCGCAUGUUAGCGACCUGAGCUCACAGCUGUGGAACGUGGGUGAGAAAUUGCUGAUCGAGCAACAGCAGAAGCAAGAGGCGUUACAACGGUUGAAAGAGUUACAGAGCAAGCUCAAGAAAGACGAAGUGGACCAACCGGUAUCCAUAAUUUCGCGCAAGAUCUGCAAAACUGAGAGGCAAGAAAUAUUACCUGAAAAUGCGCAAGCAACCCAGGUGACGCUAAUAAAAGAAGAGACACUUGAACGGAGACACAGUAUCAGAAGUAUUCAGGUGAUGGGCAAUGCGUUCAAGACGGAAGAUGAAGAGGAAGUCUUCGAUAAUGUUUACCUAGCUGACAUAAAGAGGGGCAAUUGGUCGUCUACCACGAAUGUCGAUCGUUUGUCCGUUUUGCAAAUGAGAAAUUCUCUCUGCAAACCCCAUCUGAAAUCCUCUUAUCCAGCGGAAAUGCAGUUCCUCCCUCCGACUUUGACCGAAGAAGAAAUUAAAUCGGGUUCUCCGACGGAAGAGAAUUUUAACGAUAGUCUCAGUCAAAGCCUUCUACCAGAACAAAAAGUACGAAAAAAAGAUAGAUCUCAGACAUCGUACAAAAAGCCUGGCCCGCCGACGCCAAGCAAAAAUGGAGGAAGAUUAUCUUUGCAGGGUAACGAAUUGAAAAGCCCGAGUUCACGGAUAUUGAGGGAACGAAACAUGGAUAGAAGAACAACGACUACUCCUCAUUCACUGAAGAAUAUAUUUUCGUCGAAACGGCAGGAUGAAGUGAGUACAAAGAAACAUGAGCCUUUGAAUGUUGCAUUAGAUAAUAUUUACACGUUAAACGUUUUAUUUUUGACAGAACGCAUCAAGUACGCCAAAAGGCCGUAGGCUCAGUAAUCUCUUCCGUAAACCUAGGUUGCAGCCAGAUCGAUCGGAUCGAUGAACGAAUAUUACGUAACCGUAUCAUCAUGUACAGAAUAACAAGUCUAUGUUUUACCACAAUUCUAAGCGGUAACACGUCUACGUUUUAUCGCAAUCCUAAGCAAAAAGGAUUAGUAAAUCCAAUAAAUACCAGUAUAUCACCUUUUGUCAGAUUGUUGCCUAGAAUUGCGAUAAAACGUACUUGUUAUUGCUUGUUAUUGUGAUACUUUAUUGGUCCAUUUUGAUUUGUGUAAUAUUACAAAUGCAUAUGCAUGCAUGUGUACGUGUUAAUGUAUAUUAUAAGAAUCUAUCUUAUUUUAUCGUUCCAUCUUUCCUCGUUUCUUUUAUCCUCAAUUCUAUUAUCUUUCUCUCUUGUACGGAAAAACGAAGAUUGAAAGUUUUAUUUUUUUACUAUAAUGAGAUGUAAUAAGUGUAGAUAGGAUACAAUGUACAAAAUAAUUAACACUUUAUAAUGUUUGUAAGACACCUGAAUAUAAGUAAAAAGGUUGUUACAAGCUAUGUGGAAGCGAAAUGCAAUUACGAAUGUGUACAUUUAAUCUAUCGUGUAUCUAUAUUACAUACGCAAAUAAAAUAGUGCCAA